GCAGGAGGGGAGAAGGAGGACAUGGAGAUGGGGAUGAGAGAGCCGUUUCUGAGAAGGCGCACCAUGAACACCGCCUCCCAGCUCGCCGUCGUCGGCGCCGACGUCAGCCCCAUUGAGAGCUUGGACUACGAGAUUGUAGAGAAUGAUCUAUAUAAGCAGGACUGGAGGUCGAGGAAAAAAGUUCAGAUAUUUCAAUAUGUAGUCCUGAAGUGGACCUUUGCUCUUCUGAUUGGCCUGGCUACUGGGCUGGUUGGCUUCUUCAGCAACCUUGCGGUUGAGAAUAUUGCUGGUUUCAAAUUGUUGCUGACUAAUUAUCUUAUGCUAAAGGAAAGGCACCGUGAAGCAUUUUUGGCAUAUGCUGGUUGUAAUUUAAUAUUAGCUGCAGCAGCUGCAGCCUUAUGUGCUUACAUUGCUCCAGCGGCUGCUGGAUCUGGCAUACCUGAAGUGAAAGCUUAUCUUAAUGGUAUCGAUGCUCACUCUAUAUUGGCUCCCAGCACACUGUUUGUGAAGAUAUUUGGUUCCAUUUGUGGAGUCUCUGCUGGAUUUGUGUUGGGUAAGGAGGGGCCUAUGGUGCACACAGGAGCAUGUAUUGCAAAUUUUCUUGGUCAGGGUGGAUCUCGCAAGUAUCAUCUGACAUGGACAUGGCUCAGAUUCUUCAAAAAUGAUAGGGAUCGACGAGACUUGAUCACUUGUGGGGCUGCUGCAGGUGUGGCAACUGCCUUCCGAGCACCUGUCGGUGGGGUCCUAUUUGCCCUUGAAGAGGCAGCCUCUUGGUGGCGAAGUGCUCUUCUUUGGAGAACAUUUUUCACAACAGCCGUGGUUGCUGUCACACUGAGAGCUUUCGGGGAGUACUGCCGGAGUGGAAAAUGCGGGCUCUUUGGAGGAGGAGGAUUGAUAAUGUUUGAUCUGAGUUCAACUGCUACCUCCUAUAGCACACCAGAUCUUAUUGCAGUUGUAUUUGUUGGAGCCAUUGGGGGUAUAUUUGGAAGUCUAUACAACUUUCUCGUGGACAAGGUCCUUUGCACAUAUAGCAUUAUAAAUGAGAAAGGUGCACCUUUCAAGAUCCUUCUGACAGUCACCAUCUCUCUCUUGACAUCAUGCUGCUCCUAUGGACUCCCUUGGCUAGCCAAAUGCACCCCAUGUCCUCUUGGUCUCCAUGAGCACUGUCCUACCGUUGGCCGCUCAGGCAACUUCAAGAACUUUCAAUGCCCACAAGGUCAUUACAAUGACCUUGCUUCUCUCUUCCUGAAUACCAGUGGUGAUGCCAUUCGCAUUCUCUUCAGCAGUGGCACUGACAAUGAGUUCUAUAUUUCGUCUCUCUUCGUUUUUUUCACUGCCAUAUAUUUCCUUGGCAUUGUAACCUAUGGCAUUGCUGUACCUUCUGGUCUCUUCAUCCCUGUCAUACUUGCUGGUGCCUCCUAUGGUCGCCUGGUAGGUUCUCUUCUUGGCACCAUAUGUGGCCUAGAUAAGGGCCUCUUUGCCCUUCUUGGUGCUGCUUCUUUUCUUGGAGGGACUAUGAGGAUGACUGUCUCAGUUUGUGUUAUACUCCUUGAGCUCACCAAUGACCUUCCAAUGCUCCCGUUGGUGAUGCUAGUUCUCCUCAUCUCCAAAACUGUAGCAGAUGGUUUCAACAGAGGGGUCUAUGAUCAGAUUAUCAUAAUGAAGGGCUUGCCUUACAUGGAGGCCCAUGCUGAACCUUACAUGACAAACUUGGUUGCUGGGAAUGUAGUCUCAGGCCCACUCAUUACCUUUUCCAGCGUCGAACGGGUGGCAAAUAUAAUGCAUGCACUGAAGGUAACUGGACAUAAUGGAUUUCCAGUGGUUGAUGAGCCACCCUUUUCAGAUGCACCAGAGUUGUGUGGCCUUGUUUUGAGGUCUCAUUUGCUUGUGCUGCUGAAAGGCAAGACAUUUACUAAGGACAGGGUUUUAACUGGUCCGGCGGAGGUUUAUCAAAGGUUCGGUGCCUUCGACUUUGCCAAAGCUGGGUCUGGGAAGGAGUUGAAGUUUGAGGACUUGGCCAUUGAUGAAGAGGAGAUGGAAAUGUAUGUAGAUCUCCACCCAGUUAUGAAUAGGUCCCCAUACACAGUUAUUGAAACAAUGUCUCUAGCCAAGGCUGCAGUGCUCUUCAGAGAGCUUGGACUAAGACACCUAUGUGUUGUGCCAAAAACACCAGGGAGGCCUCCCAUUAUUGGGAUUUUGACACGACAUGACUUCAUGCCAGAGCACAUUCUAGGACUGUUUCCUCAACUCAAGCAUCAAAAUUAA